CUCGCGUUGAGGAUCUAUGAAUAGUGCGCGUUCAGGAACGGCUUGAGACGUCCACGUUUUUUCGUUAACUCCAAAAACAUUGAAUUUUUUAAGAGCUAUUGUUGUCUUCGCACUUGACAUUCCCCUCGGCACUUGGAAAAUUUAAAUCAAUGACAGGAUGAAGGGCGAGCUGGAGUUACCUUGACCGUUGUCAAGUAGCUCGAUAGAUUUUUUAAUACAAAAAUAGGCUGAAGUACACUGAAUGGUAAUUUUAAAAAAAAAUGAAAACCUUGCGACGAAAAAAUGAAAAGCUCUGUUAAGAACUUUUGUAGCUGUCUUAAAAAUAAUUAUUCGAUGGGGCAAAGUCGAUUGCUUAACGUGUAGAGUUUAAUUGAAAUCAGCGACCAUGAAGAGCCGGGUAUUAACGUGCUCUCUUGAAUCAUCAUUCCCACAUGCUGGUGGAUACAGGAUAAACUUAGAAUCGAGUUCCGCUGCCUUCAUGCACGUCAGGGACAACAUCCAGGAGCUUGGCACAGUGGCUGAUGAUACGGAUCUACUAUUUUUGAAGGGAUUGUUGGACAGUCCCGUUGUCACAUCCCUAAUUAAGCUUCAGGAAAGAUUAGAGGAUCCCCCCGCCUUCUUGGAACCAGUUCAUCAUUCAAUUUGUGAUAUAGUAGACGAAAUAAAACACGCGUUUGAACACUCACGCGACAGCAACGCCCGACAGCUUAAUAAUCUCCUCAGAAAGUCCCACGUGAAAGCGCUUUUGGAGGCACACGACGCAGUGGCUCAACGUCGAACAGAGCCAUCAACUUCACCAGCAGUACCAGCCAUGCCGAGCAACGAGAGUACAGAGACCAUCAGGGUUGUGGGUCUCAGGCGUAAAGAGAAUGAACCUCUGGGCCUCACAGUACAAGUAGACGAAAAUGGCAACUUGAUAAUAGCCAGAAUACUGGGAGGAAGUACAAUAUCGAAACAGGGUCUUGUGAGACCUGGUGAGGUGAUCCUGGAGGUGAAUGGAAAGGCUGUUCACACCCCUGACGAACUCCAACUGGCAAUACAGUCAGCCAAGGAGAAUCUAUCCCUUAAAGUCGCACCAGGAAUCGCUAAUGACGGAAAUAAACCCAUUAAAUCAACAUGCUACAUGAGGGCCUUUUUUGACUACGACCCGUCUGAAGAUACUCUUCUCCCCUGUCGGGAGAUAGGUCUCCCCUUCCAAAAAGGUGACAUUCUCCAAAUUGUUGACCAAGCCGAUCCAAACUGGUGGCAGGCGAGGAGGGUGGAGGGGGAGGGCCUAGGGCCCCCUGGUCUCAUACCCUCGCUCGAGCUUGAGGAGCGACGUAAGGCCUUUGUCCUACCCGAGGCCGACUUUGUUCACAAAAUCAGUAUCUGCGGUACGAGAAUUUCUCGUAAAAAGAAACGAAAGAUGUACGAGUCCAAGUCUAAUGGGGAAUUCGACAGUGCUGAGCUGUUGCUGUACGAGGAAGUCGCUAGAAUGCCACCAUUCAGACGUAAGACCCUUGCCCUCGUUGGGCCCAGAGGGGUGGGCAGGAGGACCCUCAAAAAUCGAUUGAUUAAUAGUGAUCCUGAAAAGUUUGGAACGAUCGUACCAUACACAUCACGACCACCACGAGUCCUCGAGGAGAACGGCAAGAGCUACUGGUUCACGGAUCUGGAGGCGAUGGAGGACGACAUCAAGCAGCAUCGUUACCUGGAGCAUGGCGAGCAUGGAGGUCAUCUCUACGGUACGAAACUCGAUUCGGUACGUGAAUUAAUUCGUGCUGGGAAGAUGUGCGUUCUGGACUGCAGUCCAGCUGCUCUGAAGAUCCUCCACAACAGCACCGAGUUCAUGCCCUACGUCAUAUUCAUCGCUGCACCUGGGAUGGAGCAGCUGAAGACACUCUACGAUCUUGGGAGGACCACUGGGGCCAGCAGUCGUAAUUUGACUUUUGAUCGCCAAAGCUCCAUCAGGUACAGCUCGAGACGCGCCAGAACCCUUGAGUCCCUUGCAUCGCUGUACGAGGAGGACGACUUAAAGUUGACUCUGGAGGAGUCGUCAGCCUUACAACGAGCUUAUGAAAAAUACAUCGACAUGGUUAUCGUCAACGAGGACUUUGACAAUACGUUUAGACAAGUUGUUGGUGCUUUAGAUGCCCUUGUAACUGAACACCAGUGGGUGCCUGUUAAUUGGAUCUAUUGACUGGAUUUUAAUACAGAAAAUAGUACUAUAGGAGUCACUAUUACACCCAAACUCUUUAAUUUUAGUCAGCGAAUUCAAUGUUUAUGCGUUCACCAGGAGUUUUGAAUUCUUUGUAAAUUCAGCUAUUGAUUUUUUCACUUUUUAGUUCUCCUUUACGUACCAAAUUAUAAAUAGGAAUAUUCGGGAGAAGGAUUGAUGACUUAGUCAUCGAGCUUUAGACGUCAAAUGAAUGAAAAUUCAUUGUACUUUGUAUUGAAUAACGAGUGAGUUUUUAAAGCCGUCCAUUUACUUUUAAGGUAUUAAAUUAUGUUUUUUGUAUUCUAAUUGUUUUAUAUAUAUGCAAUAAGAAAUCAAAUACCUGUUUGCCUCGUUUUUAAUUGGAAAUGUAUUUACACAAUUAUUUCAAUGUUUUUUUGUUUAUUUACUCCGGCACUUGCAGUGCCUUGAAACAAUUGUAAAACGACCCCAGGAGUUUCCAAGAAUGAUCAAAAUGUUUUGUAAAUGCCGCAAAAAUCGAAAAUUACAAUCAAUAUUUUGUAUAUUGCAGAAAUUAAAUACAUUGUUGCUGGAAUCGAAUAAAAAA